AUGAUGCCAUCAGAAGCAUCUCUAGCAGAACUCACUCUUACAGUCGAGAAGCACAUUUCCGCCUGUGAAGAGAAUGCGGUACACGGCAGUACCUUGAAUGCUGAAACUGUGACGAAGACUCAUGUAGAACUGAUGAAUGCUGCAAGGAAGAUGAAAAGUGAUGUUUAUGGACCAGUCAACAAUAUUGCUUCGCAUUACGAAGAGUUCAUACACUCAGGAUGUUUGAGGGCAUUGCUGGAAGCAGGUGUUUUCGACAAGUUGCCAUUGGAUGGAAAAGGAAUGCCUGCUUCGGAAUUGGCUGAAAAAACUAAUAUGGAAGAGGCACUGUUAAUUCGAAUGAUGCGAGCCGUUACUCCUAUCUAUUUUGAGGAGAAUAGUCCGCGGGUUUAUGACGAAUACGCGCCUUGUAGUUAUGCCCUAACUCCAUACUUCAGAGAGAAUGGAUUCAAAGUACCAGACUCGAUCAAAAACAAUCCAUAUACAUUCGCUCAUCGAACUAAUGGUCUCAACAUGUGGGAUUACCUCUCUCUUCAUCCUGAAAGACUAAGAAUAUUCAAUUUGGGCAUGAAUCGAAUUUCUUCGCAAAUGGUUCAAUCCUAUGGUAUCUUUCCAUGGCUCUCCGAAUAUCGAAAGAUGCAAAUAAAUGACGAUUCAGUGCUACUGGUAGAUAUUGGAGGUGGUCAAGGUCAAGCAAUCACCGCUAUCAAGGAUAUCAUUGAAGGUACUAAAGGUCGAUUAAUUCUCCAAGACAGAGAAGAAGUCAUGUUGGAGAACCCUGAUCCCAUUCCUGGAAUCGAAAAGAUGACUUAUGACUUCUUCACACCACAACCAGUCAAAGGUGCACUAAUCUACCACAUCCGUCGCUGCUUUCACGACUGGCCAGACGCAGAUUGUGUUACUAUUCUUUCCAAUAUCGCUAAGGCCAUGAAUUCCACCUCUCGGCUUCUUAUUGCUGAAAUGGUCUUGCAGGACGAGCUAGAUGCUGAAGCGACUUGGAUGGAUGUCACGAUGAUGUUUUUCGCAGGAAAAGAAAGAUCAGAAAAUCAAUGGAGACAAUUGAUUGAAGCUGCGGGAUUGAGAUUGGAGAGGAUAUAUGGUUCCGAGGGAACAACUUUUAGUGUAUUGGAAGCGUGGUUGAAGUAG